CACACCGCGGGUGAACAGUAACUUAAAAAACCCUCUCAAUCUGAAACCCUUGUUCUGAAAAGCUCUCUCUCUCUCUCUCUCUGCUGCAAGAAGACGCCACUAUGAAUUUGUCGUCGCUCAGGCUCGAAUCGAAACCGAUCGCGGCUCCACAGAGGAGGUUCUCCGAUGGGCCUCUGCGUUACCGUAGUAAGGUCGUCGUGUGCUCCGUGAAGCCUGUUGCUUCUCCUUCUUCGUCCUCUGCGGCGGCCGAGCAGGCGAGCCAGGGGCUGAGUCGAAUCGGCUCGCUCAGUCAGGUUUCAGGCGUGUUGGGCUGUCAGUGGGGCGACGAAGGCAAAGGCAAGCUCGUCGAUAUUCUGGCCAAGCAUUUCGACGUCGUCGCUCGAUGCCAGGGUGGAGCUAAUGCUGGACACACCAUUUACAAUUCAGAGGGCAAGAAGUUUGCCCUCCAUCUUGUUCCUUCGGGUAUUCUUAAUGAGGAAACUCUUUGUGUGAUUGGUAAUGGAGUCGUGGUGCAUUUACCAGGGUUGUUUAAUGAAAUUGAUGGGCUUGAAUCUAAUGGGAUCUCCUGCAAAGGAAGGAUAUUAGUAUCUGAUCGUGCUCACUUAUUGUUUGAUUUUCAUCAAGUAGUAGAUGGGCUCAGAGAGGCUGAACUAGCUAAUUCCUUCAUAGGCACUACCAAGAGGGGCAUUGGACCGUGUUAUUCGAGCAAAGUGAUUCGUAAUGGCAUUAGAGUGUGUGACCUCAGGCACAUGGACACUUUUCCUCAGAAGCUUGAUCUGUUAUUAUCAGAUGCAUCUUUGAGAUUCAAAGGCUUUAAUUAUAGCCCAGACAUGCUCAAAGAAGAAGUUGAAAAGUACAAGAGAUUCGCCGAGAGGUUGGAACCCUUUAUUUCUGAUACUGUGCAUGUCAUGAAUGAAUCCAUUGCAGAAAAAAAGAAGAUUUUGGUGGAAGGUGGUCAGGCAACCAUGUUGGAUAUUGACUUUGGAACCUACCCUUUUGUGACCUCCUCUAGCCCAUCAGCAGGUGGAAUCUGCACUGGUCUUGGCAUUGCCCCUAGAGCUGUUGGUGACCUAAUUGGUGUGGUUAAAGCAUACACUACAAGAGUAGGUUCUGGUCCAUUCCCAACAGAGAUUUUGGGUAGAGGUGGUGACCUCCUGAGGUUUGCUGGACAGGAAUUUGGCACAACUACUGGUCGUCCACGUCGCUGUGGCUGGCUUGAUGUAGUUGCAUUAAAGUACUGCUGUCAGAUUAAUGGCUUUACUUCUUUAAAUCUCACGAAACUUGAUGUGUUGUCAGAUCUCCCUGAAAUUCAGUUGGGAGUGUCUUAUAAACAAAUUGACGGAACACCAAUCAAAUCAUUCCCUGCUGAUCUUCGUGUUCUUGAGCAAUUGAAGGUGGAAUACGAAGUUUUGCCGGGAUGGCAAUUUGAUAUUUCCACUAUCAGAAACUAUUCAGAUCUUCCUAAGGCUGCACGUCAGUACGUGGAAAGGAUAGAAGAACUUGUUGGCAUUCCCAUCCACUACAUAGGGGUUGGGCCUGGCCGGGAUGCUCUUAUAUACAAGUGAUACUGUUGAUUUUUUGCCCUGGAUUUCCUAGCUAGGCUUCUGUGCUUGUUUAGGGCAAGAUGAGCUUCACAUGCUGGCGGAACAUGUGCUAUUUGAUUGGGAUUAGUCUUCAAGCAAGAAAGAAAGAAAGAAAGGCUUUUUGCAUGCAAAUGCAAAUUCUGAUUUGAUAACUUUUGUUUGUUGUUUGGUCUCGUCUGCUGUGCUGUAAGCGGGAGUGCUUUUGUAGCAUUUGGUAAAACCAACCAGGAGAUAAGCUGGUUAUACUCGUAGUGCUAAUUGAUCAAACUUAAACUGCAAUUUGGUGUAAUGAAGUGCCAGAAGUUUAGGCC